UGCGCUUGGUAUUGUAAAUGCUAUCGUGUAUUUCUAUUACAGACAAAUAUGAAACAAUUAUCGAGUCUAUUUUAAAAACAAAAUAUUAAAGUGCAUUUAAAUAAAAGCAAUACGUUUUUUCUUUAAAUAACCAUUAACCGUUAUAAGGCUUCGUAAAAAGAAAGUGGCAGCAAAGGCAAUGACCAGAAACAGAAAGUUGAUAAGACAAAAACAAUAAAUAAUUGUGGAAACAAGCGAAUCCUGGCUUUAGGUUUGCUAAACGUAGUUUUCGCAUUGCGAGCCAGUGAUACACAAAAGCUGAUAAAAUUGGCAAGAUAACCAAGCAUAGCUCCAAGAUGCCGCCAGCGUCUGCGGUCAACAAUAACAAUGCUGCGGUGCAAGCGGCAGCCGCAGAGAGAGCUGAGAAGCUGAGAGGAUCGCUGAAAGGCUUCAUACUGGCCGACCGUCAGCGCAGACAAGAGGAAUAUGAGCGACAGUGUGAGGAAUUGAGACAGCGAAGGGAACGCGAAGCACGUGAGCGCGAGAACAACUUGUCGCUAGAGGAUACACGUGGUCAGAUAAACAGAUUGGACGAGCAGCUGCUCGACCUACAUCAAAAGAAGCAUCAGCUACUGAUGCAGCUUAAAAAAGUGAUAAACGAUGAUGAGACGCGCAAGAAACAGAAUGAAGUAUUUGCGUUGCACCAGCAAGCCAUGCAGCAAGCAGCGGCUAGUGUCGCCACCACACAGGUUUUUUUACCGCCCGUUAGACUGCAACAGCAGCAGCCGCAUCAUCAGGUGUCCAUGCUGCAAAAGCCGGCGCCGUCUGGCAGUCAGUCGACCUCAGUAAAACGCGGUCGGAGUCCCUCACCGCCCAGUCAACCGCCGCCGCAGUCGACACAUCAGGGAUAUUACAAAAGCACCGCGAGCUUUGCGGCACAGAAAUCCUCGACUCAGUACCCCAGCACGGCAACUGUGUUUUAUCAAAGCGCCGCAGCGCCCAAUAACACACAGCAUCAGUCGGAUGCAGCACGCUUGCAGUCCAUUUAUAAUUAUAGCAUGCCACUGCGUCAGGCUUAUCAUGUCGAGCUGCAAGGAGGAUCAGGAACUAGCGCGACAAUUACCAAAGCGCCAUCGCCAAAGGCGCCAACAAUGCAAGUGCUGCAUAUCAAUCUGGAUCAGCCACCCAUUUCGCAGACAGAUCUAGUGCAGGUGCAGUCGUCAGUGCAGUCGUCCAAGCCUCAGGUGACAAUGGAGAAACUGCCUGAGCGCUAUCAUAUUGAUGUUAAGCACGAUGGACCCUCGCAUGUGCCUCCGCCGCCGCCACCCCACUUGCUAUCCGAGGGCGUCAUCUACAAGCCGCUGCUCAGCGAGCUCUCACUGCAUCCCAGUGUAUUGCAGAUAAGUAGCAGCGCAGCUCAGGUCCAGAAUCCGAAGUCCACGGGCAGCAUUACGCAGGGCUAUGCGCCUGGACGUGGCGCCGCUGCUUACGAUCAGCAGCUGACCCGUCAGCAAUUGUCCUCUGCUCCACCGCCGUCAUCGCCACAUGGUCAGCAAUUGCAGUACUCGCGUCGAUUGUAUUAAUUCCGUUAACUGCUAUAUACACUCACUAAUUUUACAAUUUUGAACUGCAACUUGGCUUUUUUAAAUAUUACUUUCCUUUUUUUUUUUUAA